GUGUACAUGUAUAUGUGUGCGCGCGCGCGUGCUCUGUCUGUUAAACGGAUUACUACUGAGCCAGAGUACGAUUAAAGGAAGACAAAUCAUGCUGACUAACGCCGCAGACAGCGUUGUGAGCACCAGCGUUUACUGAGGGAUGAAGAGCAGAACACUGAAGGCGCUCAAAGUCGGAACCAGCAAAAGAAAAGUCUCCAGCGAUGUGUCGCCAUCCACCAGCCUCCCGCCUCUGGUCGAGGGUCCACUCAGAUGCUUCCUGCGGGUGACGGUGAGUCGUUUGUUGUGGACCAUUCACAAGCCUCCGCCUUCAACAUUCGUCCGGCUUCGCUGGUGGGGAGAGUCGUCCAAAGAGACACACUUCUUUCCCAGAGAUGGAUCGCAACUCUUGCAGAAGAGCAUCAAGACGACGGCUCGCUUUGCCGUGCGCUGUGGACCAAAGCAGUUCACCUCAUAUCUUACAGAUAUGGGCUCACUGGUGCUGGAAGUUCUGACCAAAUCGGAUCAUUUUCCGAUCGCUCGGGCGCAGGUCUCUGGUAUCUCCCGUCUCUCUCUGUCACUGCCCAUCAGUGGAUUUUACACCCUUGUGUCUCCCACUUCUGAAAAGCUGGGGGAGCUACAGGUUUCUCUGAAGUUGGAGCCUUUGACUGAAGCGUACGACAGCAGCGGCUCGUGUCCUCACACUGACGUCAGUGUUGAGGUUCCACAAGUCGCCUCAUCAUCUGCUCGUCCACGCAGAUCACUGUCAGCUGGCAGUGGGAGCAGCAGCGGAAACACACCAAGAGGGAAAGAUCACUUAUAUUUCCAAGAGAAUCAAAUGCCGACAACAAACGGAUCUCAAAAUGGCCAAACAGCUGCAGGCCCUUUAAAUCAGGAGCUUAGUGGACCAGCGACCAAAGAUAUCCUCUCAGUUAUUUCAGAGCGUGGGAACAAACUGCGAGACGCUAUGGUGCUCUCGGCUCUCAAGUGUGACGUGGAUUCUGCCACAGCUCUUAAAGACACUCCUCUGCCUCUUCCAAAGGACAACAUCCUGCCACCUUUCAAGCCUGUGCCUUCUCUUUCUGGGAUGUUUCUUGAAAAUAUUCUGCACGCCGAUUCUUCUCUCAAAUGCUCGAACGGUGUCGCCGACUCAUCUCGUCGCCACGAGUUCGACUGUGCUGCUGCUGACUUGGACAAUAGAGCUGUAGAGAUUCUCCUCGGCGGCUUAAGCACGUCACGUCUUCAUUGGGAUGGAGACGACAUCUCGUCUGGCCACAGCAGCGUCGGUGGCGACAGCGAGCUCAAUGAUCCACAGUACGAUCAGAGCUUACUGGAAAAUUUAUUCUACAAAACCCCAAUGAUGGAAACCGGAGCAGAUGACACUCAAGCAGAGGCUCAGGGAACAGUGUCCUCGAGUACAAAGCAGCCAAAACAGAUUAGUGGAGGUCCCACGUCAGAGUCUUGGUGCACUGCAGACGCUGCUGGGUUUCCUGCCGGCCUGACUGCGGAGCAGUCGACUCUACUGUCUUUGAUUCGCGUGGCCAAAGUGAGUGUUGCCUCCCUGACUGUGUCUACAAGCAACACAAGUACCACACUCACAAAAACCCUAACUAAAGGGAAACCUCCCCGACCGCUAACUAACAAAAAAUGCACUUAUUUUGUUGAGUACGUGUUACCGUCGGCAACCACUUCAAGUACAGCGGUGACAAAAGCUGUUUCCAGUAAAGUCACAGGAGGAGUGGUGAAGUUCCUCCAUUGCUCCGUGUUUCCUGUCCACUUCAGCACAGCGACGGUGAAACACUGGUGGCAAACGGAUCUGAUUUUUAAGAUUUUCUCACAAAGGAGCGACCAAAGGAAUCCUGUUCUCAUUGGGGAAGCCGUUCACCCGCUGCGUUGUCUGCUGCAGAAAGAGCAGCUGAGUCAGUCUGUCGUGUUACCUGUUGGCCUAGGGGGACACGGUAAAACACAGGAGAUUGGACCUCUUUUGGUGUCUCUAGAACUUGCUGCUGACAAAGUUUCCUCCUCUGGAAAAAGCAAAAGCAAGUUGUCUCGGAGAGAAAAGUCAUCAUCAUCGACUGCACCCUGUCCUCAGGGAGAGAGAUUCCAACUUGGUCGAUCCGGCAGAGAGGAGUUACCUCGUCACUCUAUGGAAGACUCCAGGCUAAAUGUUUGCACUCCACAGAGACCCGUGGAAGAACCCACUCCUCAUCCAGGUCCCAUCACAUCGUCUUAUGAACCUUGGCAGCAGGCGCAUGAGGAUUCUGAGGUCCUGCUGCACACUUUGCUCAUGGUACCAGACGGGAAGAAUUUCAGCCGUGGACCCGUUCAGGCUCCAAAUGUCUACUUGAACUGUAAACUCUUUUGGUGUGACGAGAUGGCGAGAUCUGUGGUCAGCUGGGGUCAGACGAACCCGUCUUUUAAAUUUGCUCAGGUGACUCCUGUGGCUUUAACUCCGAAGCUGUUGGAGCGGAUGAAGAACAACAUGAUGGUCAUUGAAGUGUGGCAGAAGACGGGAAGCUCAGGUCAGGAUCGACUCCUGGGUCUCGUCAAAUUACCUCUUCACCAGUUCUACAUGUCCUUUAGAGAUCCAAAGAUCGCUCGCCUCCUCCUCCAGGCGCAGUAUCCUGUUUUAGGGGUGGACUGCUACAUGCCGGUUGUGGACGUGUUCUCGGGCGGCUGUGAAGGAAGCCUCAGGGUCGUGCUGGCGAUGGGAGGAUCCGAGCAGAUAGUCGCCCUCCAGCGGUCGAGAGAUGAGGAGUAUGACCACUCGUCUCACCGGGUGAAACCAGUUCAUCUGCUCGAUCAACAGCCACGUUUACAAACAAAGGUCGUAGCUGCACGUCAUGAGCCGGUGAGGGAGCAUGUGUUUGUGAUCAGAGUGGAGAAAGUCACCGGGCUGACACCGCUGCAGUCCACAGUGUGGGGUGAAGCUGACUGCUACGUCCAGUACACUUUCCCUUGUGAGGACAGUGACACGGCCGCAACCUUGGACCAAAACCUCGUUGAGAGCAGUGUUGACCUGAAGCCGUUUCGUACAACCACCACCCUGUGUGUGCCGGACCCAGUGUUCGGCCACACUGAGACUCACGUGCUCCUGGCUCCUGAAGGUGUGCCGGUCCAGAAGUUGUUGCUCAGCUCUCUCUCGAGUCGAGGCCUCAGCAGUGGUGGAGGCGUCCAGUUUGAAGUGUGGUGCAGAUAUUAUUAUCCAAACGUCAGAGAUCAGCUUGUGGCCAAAGGGCUGCUUCCAUUGUCCAAGCUGUGUGCCAUGGUCACCAUGCAGAGACAACAUCCUGAAGAAGCCCACAUGUUCUCCUUACCCCUGAUUCCCAGGACAGACGGUCUGACGGGACAUCGGGCCCCGUCCUCAGGUCUACUGGAUGUUUGCGUUCGGUACAAGCACCGGCCUGUGAGGCCUGACGCUCACGCCGGUCAAGGAGCCGCCUCUCGCGCUGUGACUCUUGUGGUUGAGGUGCACAGAGCGUCAGGUCUGCAGGCGGCAGCGAGGUUAUUAUCAGAACAGGAUGAAAGGUUUGACUACUUUGCCAGUGUGGGUGUGAACACGUACGUCACAGUCCAGCUCUCCUUCACCCCGGACAGCGAGAGGAGGCGCACGCGUGUCGUUGCCAGGACUUUCUGCCCUGAGUUUGACCACCACGCUGAGGUUUCCUGUGACCUGCUGGUUCAGAGGAGCAGCGGAGAGACCUGCAGUCUGGCUGAGCUGCUGCAGGAGGCGUCUGCUGUCUUCACCGUGUGGAACACAGACAAUCGCGAAGGAUUCAGCCUUUCCAAGCCUAAGGAUGCGAUGUUGGGCACAGUGAAAAUACCGUUAGAUGAUCUCAUUCAUAAAAGAACAGGUAUUUCUGGCUGGUUUGGAGUCUAUCUACCUCAGGAAACAGGUUCUCCUCAGCAUCGGCAGGUCUUAGUCGGGGGUCUAGAAAUCUCCGUCAGCUUUGCCCACCACUCAGACAGAGAGAGAGUGAUUAAAGCUGCUCAGGGUUUGGGCUUGGUAAUGUCGCAGAGUGAUGAUGAAACGCAGUGCGAUGAAGAGUCCUGGGAAGGAAACGGAAAAACGCUCUCUCUGUCGUUAUCGAUGCCCAGAGCGUGGAUGCCGGUUCACUGUUUGCUCCUGCCGGGCCACGCUGAACUCCAGCGCUCCACCUACUGCUACUUCAGGUACAAGUUUUAUGAACAGGAGGCCUUCUGCUCUCAGAUGAAACACCCGUCCGUCACGGACGCCGACGACAGCCAGGCUACAGUGAGCUUUGAAGGAAGUAGAGCUGUGGAGCUGAGGGCGACUCGGCCUUUAACGUGGUAUCUGCGAGAGGAACGGCUGGAGGUGCAGCUGUGGGCGGCUUUCAAGAAGGACAAAACCACAAGACCCACAGACACGGACCGACUGGUCGGCUCAGCGUUUGUCGAUCUGUCCUCGCUCGCAAAGAUCCCAGAGCAAAAGCUGACGCUGAGUGGUGUUUACCCACUGUUCAGGCGCUCUGCAGCAGACCUGCAGGGGGCUGCGCUCAGGGUUCACAUCACACUGACCACAAAUUCUGUCCCCGGGGAGGCGUCUGCUUGGGCUGACACCCAGAUGGACUAUGACAGCCAGGGGGAGCUCUCACCAGACGAAGUGGAAACAGCAGCUGGACCACCUUCGCCCGGAACACUCAAUAAGCUCAGACACCAGAGUAAAUCUCUCCAAACUACGUCAGACGUUACAUCUGUGCCGCACACAGAAACAACCGUGGAGGAUUCUUUCCCGGUGACUGUUGUGGUGGACCGCGCCAUGCACCUGAAUCUGAAAAGCUGCCCUCUAGCAGAGCGCAGUGAAACCACACCGUGCAGCUGUGUUUCAUACGUCACUGCUGACUCUGCUGAACCAGUGUUUACGACGGUUGUAUCAGACACCGACUGCCCUGAGUGGGACCAUCAACAGGAGUGCAGGCUUCCAAACCAGCUGCUGGUCGACCCCCAACAGUCUCUUGUGUUCAAAGUCUGGCAUAAAGGAGAAGUGGAGAGGGUGCUGGGAUUUGCCUCCGUGGAUUUGACUCCUCUGCUCUGCGGCUUCCACUCAGUGUACGGUUGGUACAACAUCACGGACUUCAGCGGUCAGUGUCACGGUCAGCUCAAAGUGUCCGUCACACCGCUGAAGGGCGUCCAGGACCUGAGAGAGCAGAGAAGACCUGUGAAUGAAGAGGCUUCCAAUAACUCACCUGUUUUAGCAUUCAGCUAUAACACCACAGCCACCUACAGCAGCUUCCCCUCUCACAUCAGCCGCUACACUGAGCAGAAGAUCUCAUCUCCUGAACAAACGGACAGACUGUUUCCUAAAAGGUCCAGUGACAGAGACGGUCACGUUGAGCACAUGGACAAAGUGCGUUUUUACCAUCAGAGUCUACAGGAACAAGCAGCAGCAGCUCAGUGUGUCUGUAACAGCAGUGACGUGGACAUGAAUCCGUCCAGCUCUUUCCUGCUCUCAACUCUCAGGAAGAAUCAAAGCGAGCUCGACAACAUGCAGAGGUAUUUCAGCCGCAAGCUUUCAACACCCGCGUUCACGUCCGCGUCGGAACACGACAGCAGACACGAGCGCGAGGAACGGAGGGAGACAGACACGAGUCGGCUUCUCCUGAAGACGGACCAGCUGGUUGGAAAGUGUGACAACCUCAUUAGCGGUCUACAAGGAAUUCACCUGGACACAAUCACCUCCCACCUCCAGAGCAGCUCAGUAACCCCCUCUUGUGAAAACACAAACCUCCUAACUAUUCCUGAGAGCAUCUCCAGUCUAAGCACAAAUUCAAAUUCCUCUCAAGAAGAUGUGUCUCCUCCGCCGUUGCUCCUUCCCACGACGUCUGAAGACCACAGAGGCUCCGAGGCAGAGGAAGACACCAGUAGACAACACUACAAAUGCACUGUGUCCGAUCGUGAAGACGGAGAAAGAUCGGACGAGGAAAAAGAUGAAGUCACCUGCAUAACAGAUGAGGGAGCCGAGGAGGAUGAAGAUGACGAUUAUGACGUGGUUGUGGUGAAGCCCAGGCAUCUUAACGAGCUGACAUCUUUGACGGACAAAACCAGUCCCUGGACCAGCUUCCACUCAGACCCUGACCUGGUUUCUCUGGAGAGUGUGGAGGCACCAGAAGAGCCGGACCUGAGCCAAGAUGAGGACGAGACGAAACGGGAGGCAAAUCUGGAGACCCUGGAACGUGGAAGUGUAAGACAAGAGGACAGUGACAGUUUUUGUGAAUCAGUGGAGGACGUUUCAGAGCCUGAGAGAGACGACGAAAGGACACCAGGAGCUUUGGACAAGAGAAGGCCCUGUAAGGAGUCAGAUGAUUCUGGCCCAUCAACUUCUCUACAGCACAACACAGACAACCAUGAUUCUUCCCUGGAUGGUGAAGACUCAGAGCCACAAACCUCACUUCCUGUGGACGUCCCUAACUUCUUCCUCCCCUCUCACCAGCUGGAGGCGUCAAUGAGAACCAUUCACUUGGCUCCGACCUUUUCCCACUUGUCUGGCGACACAAUCUCUUCAGGUCAUCGCAGACAUCGACCACAGCGUCCCAACAUGUCUCCGUCAUCCAUGAAGAAAGCGACCGAUAGAAUCGCAAAAAUAUUUGCAACUCACUUUGAUGAGAGUCAUUAGUGUUUGGUGUUUAUUUUGUGUGUGUGUUUUUUUUUUCUUUGCCUUUAAACUGUGAAAAUAGUGUGUAAAUUUAAUAUAUAAUUUUGUAAUUUUUACAAAUAAAUAUUUUGCAAUUUGCUGUUUUUAAUAGCUAGGUGUAAUUCAGUCUUUCCAUCUGUCUGUGGUCAUGAAGAGCAGAACUUGAAAACAGUUUUGUAAUUCAAACAAUUUUGUCAAUCAGGAAGUGACGUUGUGACAUUUUGGAAUUCAUGACAUUACUUUUCUUUUAUUCCCUUGUCAACAGAUUUGGCUCUUUGCCAAGUGAGAGCAGUCAACCAAGUCAAGGCUUUUCACCAAUACGAAAAACAAGUAUUUGAUGACAUAAAGGUCCAGUGUGUAAGAAUUAGUGACAUCUAAUGGUGAGAUUGCAGAUCACUACAAAUGGAGGACUCCUCUUCCCACCCCUCCCUUUCCCAAUGUGUGAACUACGGUGGCCUACUUUUACCAGAAAGAUUACACUCAGCAAUAUCUCCCUCUGAAAUACAAGCCUGGAUAUCCUACAUCUACCAACCAUAUGAAUACAUGAUACAGAUGCCAGAAAUCUUUUCAUUCCAACCAUACGUUUUCACAGUCAAGUGUCUGAUGUUGUACAAUUCUGAUUUUGUGAACUCCCCCGAUUGCAAGAACUGAAAUGUUUCGUCAGCGCUGCUGACCUUGAAAAAGUGAGUCAUGCUUUUCAUCCUACACGCUUGGAUGACUGCAGUGCACUUUAUUUAGGACUAAACCAGAACACAAUCUCCUGUCUGCGGCUUGUACAAAAUGCUGCUGCUUAGCUUUUAAAAAAUACAAGGAUGUUAUUUAAAUUUUUUAUUAAGAACUUUGGUCUGAGUUAUUCUAGCUUAUUCUUGUUCUUAUUAUCUAGCUUGCUAGCUGGAUAUCUAGAUAGAUAAGUAGUAGAUACCUACCUAUGUACAUAUCUAUGUAUUUCUAUAGAUAGAUAAAUAGAUUCAUAUACAUACUGAUUGAUUUGUAGAUGUAUAUGGAGAUA